AUGGACUCAUACCUGAAAGCGGUGGAAACCAUCUCUGAUAUGAAACCGGUCAAUGUCACCACUGACAAUGCACCGGACGUGGUGAAGACAAUUGAGUGUUUACUACACAACGAGUCCACCAUCGGCUACCAGGCUCUGGUCACAGUUCUCAACAAGCUGGGGGAUGUCAUUGACGUCAGUGUGGUCACUCCGGACCUGGAGUCUGACGACAACACGAUGCCAUUAACUAACAGUAUUCUAAAUAUCAUGGAGACUGUUGGAGACAGGGUGGUCGGAUACAAUGGUUCCUGCUCUGCGGUUGCACCGGCCAUUGCCAUCUCACUGGUGGACAUUGUUCCGUCACAAUUUGACAAUUUGACAUUUGGGGUGUCGUUUCAUAGCGGAGACACAAUGCCCGAGAUCUUUAUCAGCAGGAAACCCUUUAACAACACGGUGGUCUCCAUAUCCCUGCCGUCCAUCAUCCGUCACAGUUUCCCACAAGUCGGCCCAAACCAGAGUCCACCAAGAAUCCAGUUUCAGUUCUAUGGAAUCCCGACGCUCUUCCAGAGCAACCAAAAGGAUCAGAUCCUCAACACCUUUGUAGUGUCGGCCAGUGUGACCAAUGCCAUCUCACCAAUAAAGGACCUUGACGAGGAGAUCCAAAUCAUGUUCCAUCAUCUCACACCCAAUACACUCCACAAGGACAUACAGUGCGUGUUCUGGAACUUCAAUAAAAGCAACGGACGAGGAGGCUGGGACAACCACGGCUGCAGAAAAAACUACAGCAACUCCAACUACACCACGUGCCUGUGUGAUCAUCUCACGCACUUUGGAGUUCUCCUGGACGUCUCCAGGAAUCCGGUGGAUCCAUAUAAUGAGCAGAUCCUCACCAUUAUCACCUACAUUGGCUGUGGAGUCUCAUCACUGUUCCUGGGAAUCACUCUCAUCACCUACACAGUUUUUAAGAAGCUCCAUCAAGACUACCCCUCUCAGAUCCUCAUCAACCUCUGCCUGGCCUUGCUUGGCUUAAACCUGGUCUUCCUGGCAAACUCCUGGUUGUCCUCUUGGGAGGUGUAUGGCCUUUGUGUCGCUACAGCGUUCACACUGCACUACUUCCUCCUCGCCGCAUUCACCUGGAUGGGAAUAGAGGCCAUUAACAUGUACUUUGCUCUUGUCAAAGUCUUCAACAUCUACGUGCCUUUGUAUAUCCUAAAGGUCUGUGCGGUGGGAUGGGGGCUUCCUCUGUUGAUCUGCAUCACGGUGAUCAGCGUGAACAUGGACGCUUAUGGCAGUCACCUCUACGCAGACGCUCAGCCCGGCUUAAACUUGAUAGACAACUCUAGUGACUUCUGCUGGCUCCAGGACAACGUGGCGUAUUACACGUCAGUGGUUGCCUACGCUCUGCUGGUUUUGCUCUUCAACAUUGUGAUAUUUGUGACGGUCCUUGUUGAGCUUCGUCGCGUGCGAGUCAACAGUCCGCCCGGAACCCACAGUAAACUGAUGCAGGACCUGAAAGGAGUUGCCAGUCUGACCUUGUUGCUUGGACUAACAUGGAUUGUUGGCUUCUUUACCUGGGACCCAGCCAGAGUAUUUGUACUGUACAUAUUCUCUGGACUCAACAGCCUGCAAGGACUUUUCAUCUUCCUUUUUCACUGUGUGAUGAAGGAAAAAGUCAGGCAACAGUGGAGGAUUCACCUUUGCUUCAGUCGCUUUCGACUCAAGGAAAGCUCUGAGUGGAGCACCUCUGCCACAGGUGGUACUGUGGCUAAUCCCAGAUUAAAUCCUCCAAGAGAGUCAGUACCAUCAGGCCACACGGUGAAGUCGAGCUCCACAGAAAGCACGUUGGCCUGAUCCGACUCCAGCCAGCGAGACUAAAUCUAGGCCUUUUUGUGAAGUCCCUGGUUUCUCCCUCUUGCCCAGAACAGCCUCGCAGGUACUGGAGCUCUGCCUUCACAGAGGGAGAAGUCUCCCAACGACAUAAGCGGAAG